GUUCAUUUUUCAACGAGUUUUCAUCUCGAUAGAAAGUUUGUGCCAAAAAAGCUAAAAGGAUUUUUGCUUUUCUUUCAACACGUUAACUUUAAAAUCGGUUAAUGUUUGUGAUUGAACAGUUGAAAACUUUAUAAGACACAAAAAUGAGCCAAAAAUCAGUUUUAAUUGUUCUUACCAUUGCCAUAAUGUUGGUGAUGACGACGGAAUCGGAAGCUAAACGAAUCGGUUGUGCUAGCUUUGGGCAUUCAUGCUAUGGUGGACAUGGGAAGAGAUCCGACCCUUUAUUGACAGUGCAAGAUAUUGAUACAUCAGAACAACAACCAGCUAUACCGAUGAUUCGUUUAUUACAAAGGAGAUUCGCUUAUCAGCAAGAGGCGCCACCACCAUCAACAGAAGUUGCAGAACGAGAGAAAGAAGUGAAAUUUCUUAUUCUCACCGUUCUCAAUGAUGUCAUUACCGAAGCCUAUAAAAAAGCUUCAACACCGUCAACUGACCAAGAUGCUGCAAAUUCAGUUUAAAAUCUCUCAAUAAGUUCCUUCAACAUGCUUUAAUUUUGAGUGAUGUUCUAAAGACUUUCCUUGCCAUCACCACCAAGGAGAGUCUUCAAAGCAUCCGCAUGAAAAUAUCUUGUAAAUUUCAACAAAACGUUAAGAAUUAAAUUGACAAAACAACUGUUCUAUGUUACGC